CAUAUCUGAACCUCAAUACAAUGGACCCAGAAAACAAUAGCGUUACACAACCCAACUUCCAUGUUUCUAAGGAAGAUCAUCCCUUCUGUUUAGUUGAACGUUUCCUGCCCCGUCAACAUCCUACAUUCACCCCAAGAAUCAGCCUGGCAGAGAACCAUUAUCAAUGUUUAAAGCACCAGCGAGAUCAAACCAACAAUAAAUUACAACAAAAGAAGACCUAUCGUGUAAUAGUUUCAUCAGAAUUGAAGCGUGUUGCCGGGAUAAACUGCAUGAGUAGCUUGAAUGAUGUUACAAAUUGGGCAAUUAGGCGUAAAAAAGGUCUCCAAUGUUUACUGAGAGAAAUUUCAGGGUCAGAAAAUCAUCGACGGUUGAAAGAUACAGAGACAUGCUCCUCAGUUAACGAGCUUGAUGGUUUUAUUCGGAAGCUGCAUAGCAAGUUGCAGCAUGGGAGCAAUAAACGAGCAGAGGAGAAGAAUCUGUUUGAAGAAAUCAAAAAUGCAGAAUUAAGAAGACAAAAUCUCAUUGCUGCUGCAAACAAAACCCCGCAGGCUUCCAGUAGGGAAGAAAGAAUUCAAAACAUAGUCCAGAACAUUGAGCAAUUGAAGACGGAGGACAUGGCUUUCAGGACUAAAGUGCAGCAACAUCGCAGACAUCUUGUGGCGAUAGAGAAAGAUAUCAGACGUUUGGAGAAGAAAUUGACGGAUCUAAACGUCAAGAAAGCUCAAGCGUUUCAUCGCAUUCUUCAACUCAAACAAUAUCAAUUUCAAUCGAGUGUUAUAUUUAGUUAAUUGUCAAAAAGGUUUGAUUCUUCAUUACACGAUUAAACAAUUACUGUAAUAAUAUUUGCUUACAAUUUUUUUGAUCAUAAAUAGUUAAUUAAAUUUGAAUUAUGUAAUGUUUAAUGCUCAGAAAAUAAGAGAUUAUACUUAUAAGUUAUAAUCAAAGUAAUCAA